AGGAGGCCCUCAGCGGGACCCACCGGGGUCGCUUGCGCGCCUGCGCACAGGGCCGGGAGGGCACCGCUGGAACGGCUGUUGUCGUGUGUGCCCUCUUUGGGCCAGCCAUGACGGGUGCAGCCUUUUUCUCGGGUGUCCUGAGGCUUCUGCUUGUUUCUGCGCUUCUCGGGGUCCUCGGAGAACACUCCAGUUCCGACCUCGGAGCACAUCCAGGGCACCACGUCCAGGUCAGCCCUGGGGCCACCGAACCCCGGCGGCGUCCGCCGCCCGAGGACCAGCGCGAGCGGGCCCGCGCCGGGGCGCUGCCUCUGGGGGCGCUGUACACCGCGGCCGUCGUGGCCUUUGUGCUGUACAAGUGUUUGCAGGGUAAAGAUGAGUCUACAGUUCUCCAAAAUGAAAAAGGCAAGAAGAAAACAUUGCAAUCAGAACAACUGGCUCAAUUGACACAACAACUGGUCCAGACAGAGCAGCACCUGAACAACCUGGUGGCCCAGCUGGACCCCCUUUUUGAGCGUGUGACUACCCUGGUUGGAGCCCAGCGGGAGCUUCUGAACAUAAAGCUACAGACCAUCCACCAACUUCUACAAGACUGCAAACAGGACAAGGGUGUGGAAUGUCCAGAGCCAGAAGCCAGCACGCCCUUUCCCGAGGAUUUAAGAAAAGACCAAGAUGAGCAGGAAGCUGCUGACAGUCAGGCCCAGGAGGAGCCCAUAAACUGGAGCCCAGAGUCAUGGAACCUAGCUACUUCCUGGGAAGUGGAACAGGGGCUAAGGAGACGAUAUGGCAAGGCUGUAACAAAGGGCCUCAGCAGGGAAGGUGGGGCAGCAGCUGAAGGAUUGGUAAAACAAAGUCUGUUCUUGUGACUGGA